CCGCCUCCUCCCGCACCCCUCCUCCCCGCGCCGCCGCGGCCUGUGCGCGCCGGGCGAAGCCCGCCCCCCGCGGCUUUUACCUCAGCCGGGACGUCGCGCUGAGGGUGGGGGGGAAAGAAGCGCGGCGCGGACUCGCCCCUCACGCAGGCGGCGGGUCCCUGCCAGGCCGCGGCGGCCUCCUGAUUACUCCUCCUCCUCCGUGAGGGCGCCCCCAGCGGCUCCCGCCUCACCUCAGCCCGGCCGGGUGAGGGGAAAGCGGGCGAGAAGAAGGAGGAGAGCAGCGGCGGCGGCGGCAACGUCUGGGCGGAGCGACUAAGGCCUGAGCGGUGAAGUCGGCCGAGGCUUCGCCCGCCUCCUGUGGUCAGGGCGGCCGCCCCUCCGAGCCAGGCAAGAUGGCGGCGGUGGAGCUGGAGUGGGUGCCCGAGACGCUCUACAACACCGCCAUCUCGGCCGUGGUCGACAGCUACGGCCGGGCCCGCCGGAGGGACAUCCGCUCCUUGCCGGAGAACAUCCAAUUCGACGUCUAUUACAAGCUUUACCAACAAGGCCGACUAUGCCAGCUGGGUAGCGAAUUCUGCGAAUUAGAAGUUUUCGCAAAGGUGCUUCGAGCUUUAGAUAAAAGGCAUCUCCUUCAUCACUGCUUUCAGGCACUGAUGGAUCACGGAGUAAAGGUUGCUUCCGUCUUGGCCUACUCAUUCAGCCGGAGGUGUUCCUACAUCGCAGAAUCAGAUGCUGCCGUAAAAGAAAAAGCGAUCCAGAUUGGGUUCGUCUUAGGGGGGUUCCUGUCUGAUGCUGGCUGGUACAGUGAUGCUGAAAAGGUCUUCCUUUCCUGCCUUCAGUUAUGUACCCUUCAUGAUGAGAUGCUCCACUGGUUUCGUGCCGUCGAAUGUUGCGUCAGGUUGCUGCAUGUCCGGAAUGGCAACUGUAAAUAUCACUUGGGAGAAGAAACCUUCAAAUUAGCACAAUCUUAUAUGGAGAAACUAGCCGAGCACGGACAGCAAGCCAACAAAGCUGCCCUCUACGGAGAGCUGUGCGCUCUGCUCUUUGCAAAGAGUCAUUACGAUGAGGCUUACAAAUGGUGUAUAGAAGCAAUGAAGGAGAUCUCAGUUGGUUUGCCUGUAAAAGUAGUUGUGGAUGUUUUGCGACAAGCCUCAAAGGCUUGCGUUGUAAAACGUGAAUUUAAGAAAGCUGAGCAGUUGAUAAAACACGCAGUGUACCUAGCACGGGAGCAUUUUGGAGCCAAACAUCCUAAAUAUUCAGACACUCUACUUGACUAUGGAUUUUAUUUACUAAAUGUAGAUAACAUAUGCCAGUCAGUUGCAAUUUAUCAGACAGCCUUGGACAUCAGACAGUCGGUGUUUGGUGGCAAAAAUAUCCAUGUAGCUACAGCUCAUGAAGAUCUAGCAUACUCUUCUUAUGUUCACCAAUACAGUUCGGGAAAAUUUGAUAAUGCACUAUUCCAUGCAGAACGUGCGAUUGGCAUCAUCACCCACAUUCUCCCAGAAGAUCAUCUCCUCCUCGCCUCCUCCAAAAGAGUUAAAGCGCUUAUCUUGGAGGAGAUUGCAAUCGACUGCCACAAUAAAGAAACCGAGCAAAGGCUGCUCCAAGAAGCUCACGACCUACACCUCUCCUCUCUCCAGCUGGCCAAGAAAGCAUUUGGGGAGUUCAACGUUCAGACAGCAAAACACUACGGCAACCUUGGGCGACUUUAUCAGUCAAUGAGGAAAUUUAAGGAAGCAGAAGAGAUGCACAUCAAAGCAAUUCAGAUCAAGGAGCAGCUGCUUGGUCAAGAAGAUUACGAAGUCGCUCUUUCGGUGGGACACCUCGCCUCGCUCUACAACUACGACAUGAAUCAGUACGAAAACGCUGAGAAGCUUUAUUUGAGAUCCAUUGCAAUUGGAAAAAAGCUGUUUGGGGAAGGUUACAGCGGACUAGAAUAUGACUACAGGGGCCUCAUUAAACUGUACAACUCCAUUGGCAAUUACGAGAAAGUAUUUGAAUACCACAACAUCUUAGCCAACUGGAACCGAUUGCGGGAUCGGCAGUUUUCAGUCACAGAUGCCCUGGAGGAUGUAAGCACCAGUCCUCAAUCAACCGAACAAGUUGUCCAGUCUUUCCUGAUGUCUCAGACCGUCGAAGGACCCAUUUGCUAAGGAACUUGGUCAAUUCUACCAAUAUUUCUUUCUUUCUUCGUUUUCCCCCCCAGGUUUACACGGGAAAAGUCAUACUGUGAAAUUCGAAAACCAUAUUUCUUUUUUUUUUCUUUUUCCCCUCCUUUCCCGGAGCUGUUUAAAAAAAAAAAAUUACAUUGGAACACUGGUCCAGUCCAUUAAAAAAAAAAAAAAUCCCCAUUUGGGGGAUGACAUCAACUUUUGAUGGAGUGACCGUGAGCCGGACAUGUGCUUAAAUGCACGAGCAUGAGCACAGCAUAUUUUGUUUGGGUUCAAGGUGCGUGCGUGUGUAAUGUGUGUGUGUGGUUAACAAACACGUACACACAAGCAUGUACAUGGGGGGGGGGAAGGAGGGGAAAGAUCUCUAAUAAUCUUCUCUAUUUUUUUUUUGUUCUAAAAAAAAAAAAGCCACUUUACAAGAAAUCGCUGCAAAGACUAGAGAUAAAAUAAAACCAUUUAACAGUUUUUAAAGAGUUGCAUUCUUAAUUGAGAAAAGAGGGUGCCAGGAUUAUUCUCUUUCCCCAAUAAACAGUUUUAUUCAGUAUUAGGGCCUGCAGAAUCUGGAUGCAAAGGGGAAAAGUAUGAUCCGGACUUGUGUCCAGGCAGAAACCCGGCUUCUGUCGAGGGGAACAACUUUUCCUGGGUUCACGCAGCAAUGGCAAUCUGCCGUCGACCCACAAUUGCCAGAAAUCGAUGGCUUAAGAAUUUCCUUGCCUGACCAAGCUUGCUCCUAAACCCCCUUUUUUUGUCCUCUGCACCCAGAUCUCUCCACAGUAUGGAUGAUUUUGAAAAGGGGAAGGAAAAAAAAAACGAUUGAAAAGCAAAAAACCUGCACAUGUACAGAAAGAAACUGGGCCUUCUCACCCUUUUAAAGCAACAGAGGUUCCUCCGGAGAAGGAACGCCUGUUUGCGACUAACCCUUUGGGCCUUUGAGAAGAGUGUGUGAACCGCACCAGUUGGUUCGCACCACCAUGCUGAGAAGUCUCCAAAAGAAUAACCCCUUGGCCUCCACUUGCUUUCUCCUUGUAAUAGAGGCAAGGUGGUUUAUUUGGUUUUGCUUUUUUUCCUUUUUUGUGUGUGUGUGACAGGACCAGGAUAAUUUAAAAGGGGACCAGCCUGCCCUUUGAAAAAGAAGUCGUGGAACAGUGCCUUAUGUACUGUUUCUCAUGCCCCCCCCCCCCCGCGUUCCCUUUGACCCUGUAGAUUAAUUUAAUGAAGGGUGCAUUUUCAACCACACCCACUCAUGGCAAGGCAGGACAGAGAAUAUAUUAGCAGCUUCCACCCGUUUUUCAGCCGCUGCAAUGAUAAUGCCUUUUAAACUAUGAUGGAUACACACUAAACGCUAUUUUGCAUUAAAAAAAAAAACGCUUCUCCAUCCUUCCCUUCUGCCUUUUCAAAAUAAGCUGUCUCUAAAGGCUGUAACUUGCUUGUGCUGAAUUUUUUUUCCCCCUUCUAUCCGACUUUAUUUUAUUUUGUGUCUUCGGAGAUCGUUCCUUUUAUAUUUUGCAGAGGUCCCUGAAAUAAUAUCCAAAGAAGAAGAAGAAAAAGCACAGCAAGGCAGUCUUCGUCUCUCUUGCUUCCCUUUCUCUUUUUAAGCUUCAUUAUUAUUGUUUUUUACACUGAACAAACGAUCACAAUGUUAUUUCCUUAAGUUCAUUUUUUUUAAAUGCUUGUUGUUUCCUUUUUUUUUUUAAAGCAUUGAUGCCUGUCUCACUUGCUUGUCUUAAUUUGAGGGUGGGGUUGCCUUUUUCUUUUAGAUGAACUGUCUUUUAAACAUUGAGGUAACAAUUGAAAUUUUGAAAAGACCUGGGGAGUCUGUGCCCAGUUUGGAAAGC